GGUUGUAGAUUAAGUUAUGUUUUUGUAAACAGCGUCUUUUUCGGGGUUUUUCAGCAACCAACUGUGGCUUUAACGUGACGCACUAUACUGACAUUAGUACUGUGUGUCGGAGCGGACCCCCACUGCAGAGGAGUUAAAGGCUUUUUAAUCAAGUUUUUUCCUUUUCUUUUUUCUACGGUCCCAGUACAGCCCACACCGAUGUAACAGCAACAAGGACAGAAGCAGAUCAAGCUGGGCCAGGCUAGGCCAGGCGUGGCCUACCUAGCCUUCUGUCUGGCCUUACCUGGCAGGCCAGCAACCUCUCCAAGGAGUCCUGCCCUCAGUGAGCAGAGGAGGCUUCAGCCUGUCCUUACAAACACUUCACCUGACCUCCAAGUCAAGCUGUAACAGACUGGAUUCCAACCAUAUUUUGUGUUAUCAGCCUUUUGGAGGCCAUACUGGUCAGUUAGAUCUCCAGUUCUUCCAUGUCGUGGUGGUUGCUCUCUGGAUGUUGGCAGCAGGAUGGAUUCAGGUGUUAAUUUGACGAGUGUGACCUCACUGCAGUGCUUGCACUCCCCCUCCUUUGACUGCCUUUGGUCCCUUCCCUCCCAAAUCUUUAAGAGAAAGCCCCUUUGCCUCUCCUGGGGCUUCCCUGAGCCCUGUAUGGAAAGGCCUUGCAGGAACUGUAAGUUGUCUUGUUGAAACAAGUUGACAUUGCAAAGAGGAAGUAGAAGUAAUAAAUCCUUGCAAAAAACUACAGAACACAACAAAGAUCGCUGCAGUCAAUUGAUUUGAUUGAUUUAUUUUCUGUAAGCCGUCCAAUUUGCUUCUCCUGGAGUUUGAUCAGAGGUUGAAGAGCUUUUCAUUUGAAAAAGGAGCUUGCUGGUCAAGAUUUGCACCCACAAUCAGUUUACACAUAGGUUGGUCUGAUUACUAGUGUAAAAAAUUCUUUAUUUAUACGUAUAGAAUUUCUCUUUUGUGGUCUGAGCCUCGGGGAGGAAUGUCUGACAGCAACAGCAGCAGCAAAGCAGUGAAAUUCAUUGCCCCGCCCCCCCCCCCUUCCUCUGCCUCCCCCUGUCCAUCACCCCAGACCCCUCACAAGAAUGUGAACGGCUCUGCCAGUUCAGACUCGCACGUGGUGGAGAAGCUCGGCGGACACCCCGAGGUCCAACGUCGGCGCCACACAAUGGACAGAGACUCUAAAACAGCCGAACACCGCUUCUUCCGUCGCAGUGUCAUUUGUGACUCCAAUGCCACAGCUUUGGACCUGCCCAGCAAAGCAGCUGUGAUACUCACUUCACCACCAGACUGUGAGGGGCCUCCCACCUUCUUCACUCCACAGCCCUCAGGGCCUGGACCUGGGGUGCACGAUGCUGAGGACAGGGAGGCCCUGAGAGGUUCAUAUUUGCAAAGUACAACCAUUCAGCCUUGUCUUGGGCUCAGUGGGGCAGUUGCGGAGGGACAUGUACAAAAUGCUGAGGAAGAUUUAGCUGUAAGCAGUAUCACGGUUGCCGUUCCCACCAGUAGCAGUGUUGAACCUAGUGCAGACAGGGCAGUAAAAGAGCCCAGCCCGACAGUAUUGGAUGUUACAGACAAAACAGUAGGCAAACAGCCUGAUGUCACAUUGCGUCCCAGAGGGUCUGAGAACACACAGAAGGUGGGAAAAGAUGGAAAAGUGAUAGAACAUGUGGAUAGCGUUAGUAGCCCGGCAGAAGAGAAAGAGAGGGAGACAGAGGAGGAGAAAGGUAUAGCGAAAGCCCGAGCAGAGCAGAGAGAAGCUGAGAAACGGGUGCAGGAUGAUAUAGAGGAAGUAGAGACAAAAGCUGUUGGGACUUCACCUGAUGGACGCUUCCUAAAAUUUGACAUAGAGAUUGGAAGAGGGUCCUUUAAGACUGUGUACAAGGGACUGGACACGGAGACUACUGUGGAAGUGGCAUGGUGUGAACUCCAGGAUCGUAAGCUGUCCAAGUCUGAGCGACAGCGCUUCAAAGAAGAGGCCGGGAUGUUAAAGGGUCUCCAGCAUCCUAACAUUGUCCGCUUCUACGACUCGUGGGAGGGACCAUGCAAAGGAAAGAAAUGUAUUGUUCUGGUCACUGAGCUCAUGACAUCUGGCACGCUCAAAACCUACCUGAAGCGUUUCAAGGUGAUGAAAAUUAAAGUUCUGCGUUCGUGGUGCAGACAGAUCCUCAAAGGCCUUCACUUCCUGCACACCCGAGCUCCACCCAUCAUCCACAGAGACCUGAAAUGCGACAACAUCUUUAUCACAGGGCCCACGGGCUCUGUGAAGAUAGGGGACCUGGGGUUAGCCACAUUAAAGAGGGCCUCCUUUGCCAAGAGUGUCAUAGGUACCCCAGAGUUUAUGGCUCCAGAGAUGUAUGAAGAGAAGUAUGAUGAAUCUGUAGACGUCUAUGCCUUCGGGAUGUGUAUGCUGGAGAUGGCUACCUCAGAGUACCCCUACUCUGAAUGUCAAAAUGCUGCCCAGAUCUACAGGCGGGUUACUAGUGGAGUGAAGCCUGGCAGUUUUGACAAGGUAGCCAUUCCUGAAGUGAAGGAAAUUAUAGAGGGUUGCAUCAGAACAAACAAGGAUGAGAGGUAUGCCAUAAAGAUCCUGUUGAACCAUGCAUUCUUCCAGGAGGACACAGGGGUCAGGGUUGAACUGGCAGAGGAGGAUGAUGGGGAAAUGAUCGCCAUUAAACUUUGGCUCAGGAUAGAAGACGUCAAGAAGCUCAAAGGCAAAUACAAAGACAACGAAGCCAUCGAGUUCUCUUUUGACCUGAACAAGGACGUCCCUGAAGAUGUGGCCCAGGAAAUGGUUGAGUCUGGAUACGUUGCUGAGGGUGACCAUAAGACCAUGGCCAAGGCUAUCAAGGACCGUGUGUCUCUGAUCCGAAGGAAGAGAGAACAGAGGCAGCUGGUACGAGAGGAACAGGAGAAGAGAAAACUGGAGGCAGAACAGCUACAACAGCUGCAACAGCAACAGCAACAACAACAAGCAGAGGCAGAAGAGACUGAAGUGGAGCAGCAGCAGCAGCAGCUUCACUAUCAACAGACCGGCAUCUCACACACAUCUGAAGGAGCUAUGGACAGCGGCCAGGGUUCCUCGGUUUUCUCUUCAGACUCCCCCUACCUCGGUCAGCUGACUAUGUCGUACAGCUGCCCCCCUUCCACCCAGCCCCCCUCCCAGCCUCAGACCCCUUAUCCCUCCACCCCCUCUGCUACCCCGCAGCAACACCCAGGCUACGCCCAGCCGCCACAGCCAAUGCCUGCAUCACGCCUUCGUCGAAGUCGUAGCAUGUCCGUUUGCGUCCCCCCCUCCUCCUACUCCUUUUCCCAUGCUCCUCCACCCCUUGCAGUUCCUCCAAAGCAGCCCUCCACCCCUCCUCCAGAUCUGUCCUCCUCGUCCUCCUACAUCACCACCUCCCCCUGCAUGCCUCUCGCUGCUGAGAGGGAUACAUUCGCUGGGCGCCUCUCCAAAGCCCUGGAGACAGUCCUACCCCUUCACUCUGUCUCCUCUGUGCCCAGGGCCAGGCAGCGGAGGGCCAGCCUACCCGCCCUGUUCUCCACCCCUCAGCAUUCAAUGCCACACCCCUACAGCGGAGGAACAAGCGCAGGAGGAGGAGCAGGAGGGAGCAUUCCCCUCCCAACUCUCCCUGACCCCCCUACUAUUUUCUUCCCCUCCAUCCCUGAGCGUCCCAUUUCCUUCUCGCCUCCACCCACUGGGCCUCCAAAGGCCUACAACACCCAGCGACGCAAGAGUACGUCCAUUCUCGAGGCACACACCCGACAUUUCCAGCCUGCCUACCCUCGCUAUGGGAGCAGCCUGCACCCCUUUUCUGGGAUGGAGGGUGUUGAGACCCCCUCUCUGUUUAUGAUAAAUCCUGGUUUUGCAGCAGCUGCUCAAAGACUUGGCGUUGCGGAGCCACUGCACCUCCCAGGACAAUCUGACCCGAGUUUGUACGGCUAUAAAGACAUGAGAGCAGAGCAUGAGGAAGCAGUGCGGAGAUUAAGUCUAAAUCAAGCUGCCUUACUGGACCAUUAUGAAGCAAUGGCCUAUGGAGGAUACCCAAUGACUGCACACCAGCUUGGUCACUUGAGUUUCCAUCAGCAGAGGCAAGCAGCAGCUGCUGCUGCUAGUUUGGGUUUUGAUCCUGGUCCUCCACCUCAACCAGGGUUCCUGCACCCUCACAUCAUGCAAAGAAUGAGUGCACACAGUCCAAUCCCUCCACCCUUACCUCCCAUGAGUGCCUCCACUGGUGGCUCUGUUUCUUCUUCAUCAUCUGAGGGCUGCUAUCCUCCACCACAGCAUGCUUCCCCGUCUGCCUUUCCUAUUUCUGCACCUCCAGUAAUGUCUGACGCCCCACCAUCUACUGGAAGUGUUUUUGAGUUCCAUUUAGCUGCCGCUGCCGCUGCUGCAGCUGCUGCUGGAGACCCAAGCCUCCUGGCAUCCAGACUUUACCGGGCCCGAAGAAGCUCCAUGGACCUCCCUCUGGAGGACAACACUGGAACUGGAUCAAGUGGUUCAGGCACGUACAGCCGUCUCCAGCCGGUGACAGAAGAGCUGUACUCUUAUGUCAGUCCUGAGCUCCCCUUACCUCCAGGAAGCCUUCUUCUUCACCACACAGGUGUAACCAUUAAGGACAGAAGCCCAGAACCUUCUAGUGACUCUUUGGCCUCCUCUGACGCAGGAGAGUUCCAGUCACCCCCUCCCCCACCGCUCCUCCCCACAUUUGACUCCUCAGCCGCUCAGUCCAUCCCUCAUUCAUCCAUCACUGCGCUCUACGAUUCAUCAGGGGGAGUGCAUCCCAUAGAUCCCCAGGGACAUCCACCCUCCAUGCAGAGCUUUCUCCCUCCCACCCCAUCCUCCGAGCUCCCACUUGGGGGAGCAUCAUCAAAUCAUCUGGAGUCUCUGAUCCAGAGCGCCUGGGCCCGGCAUGGAGGGGUGGUACCUGCCCAACCUGACAUGACAUACCAUGAGUCACUGCUGGCCAUGCAGGCCGCUAACCCCACUCUGCAGCAGAUUCAGACUUCCACCCCCCAGCCCACAGUGGGAACCCCCCUAGUCCCUUCCAGCUCCCAGCCAGCUCCCCCUGGGACCUCCCAACAAGUCAUUUCAUCCAGUCAGAGUAGUACAUCAAUUCAGAGCCCCACGCACUCAACUCUGCCGCAGGCGCCUGCACAGUCUGCCUCUCAGUCUUCAGAGCUGUCCCAGUCCCAACUACAGCCACCUCAAGUUCUCUCAUCCAUAGAGAGUGGCCACUCUGAGACUUCAGGUCUGAGUGACGGCAAUGAGGGAGGAGGGGGAGGUCGUCAUGAAGGGCGCUCCACCAAGCGUCAUCAAAGACGCUCUGUACGAAGUCGAUCGCGCCAUGAGAAGAUCUCCAAGGCGAAACUCAAUGUUCUCAAUAUCUCCAACCGAGGGGACAGGGUAGCAGAGUGUCAGCUGGAGACCCACAACAGGAAGAUGGUGACCUUCAGGUUUGACCUGGAUGGUGACAACCCAGAGGAGAUCGCUCAGAUCAUGGUCCAGAGUGAGUUUAUCCUGGAGAGUGAGAGGGAGUCGUUCAUUGAGCAGGUCAGGGAGGUGAUAGAAAAUGCUGAUGAGAAGGGUCUGGAAAGAGACACAAACAGCCAGGUGACAGGAGACAUGGAGCAGCAGAUUCCUGCUAUAUCUGUCCCCAUGCCAGACAUCACUCCCAGUGCGACAGCACAAGUGGUCCAUUCAGCAGGUCGGAGGUUUAUCGUCAGCCCUGUACCUGAAGCCAGGCUGAAGGAGCAAAUGUUCCCCACCUCUCCUUCUCCUGCCCCUGCACCUCCUGUUGAAACAAUUCCUCCAGCUUCAGCUGUAGCUCCAUCUCAGACUCCAGGCCAAGGUUUGGUGUUGUCCCAGUCUGCAGGAGCAAUCAGCUUACAGCAAGCCUUCUCUGAGCUCAGACAGAACCAGAAUCAGUUUGAUACAGGACCCAGCACCGCCCCAGCCUCCAUUCACUCCACCCACCCUCCACUACAGCCUGCAGCUGCCCUUGUCCCUUCACAGGCUAGCACCGUCACUCCUACUGCUGAGGCUUCUGCUGGGCUUGUCCCAUCUAAUUUAAACAAGGCACAGGAGCAGGUCUUGGAUGCCUCUCUUCCUCCCCCUUCCUCAUCCUCCACCCCCUCCUCUGUGGCCGCUGUCCGUCUCAGUCCUCCUUGUUCCUCCUCUCCUCCUCCUACUGUAGGGAGUCAGUCCAUCCUUCAGUCGCAAUUACUUUCCCAGACCCAGGGACAGGUGCAGGUCCAGGGACAAGCACAAAUUCAGCCCCAGGCUUUUGCCCUGCCUCAGUCCCAAACAGUUUCUGCUGUCAUUGCUACUUCAGUACCUUCCACUUUACCACCGGCAAGCAUGUCAAGCAUCCCCCCAACAAUUCUCACCUCCCUUCCUCCUGCCCAGAGCGUUCCCCUCGUAUCCUCCCCUCCCUCCUCCACUCUUACAGCCAGUGAAGUCUCCUCCAAUCAUCCGUCAGGCUCUCCCACCUCGUCCGCUACUCCUUCCCUCUCCUCCUCUGUCAUCCCCACUACUGCCAUCACAGGCCCCCAGCUCGCUCCCUCUGCCGUCUCCCACCCCACUCUUCCUCCCCCUUCCUCCUCCUCUUCUGCGGGGCUCCAGCCAGUGACCACAAAUGUUACUUCAGUCCAACCAACUUUGGUCCACUCCCAGCCACAGACAGCAGCCCUGCCUGGGCAGACGCACACACACUGUGGGGAAUGUGAUGCAAGGUGUGAGGCGUCUGCUGAGUCCCAGGGCAAACCGGACGACAUCCAAGCUCUGGAGAAGAAGCUGCGGUCUCUCUUCAUGGACCUCGGUGGAGGAGUGCCCUCCACCCAGGGUGACAUCUUAGCUGCUGACCCUGCCUCUGGGGCCCCUGUGGCAGGUACCUCGUCCCCAAUGGGGCCCAGCUCUACCUCCACCACAUCUGUUACCACACCUGGCUCUAGCCUGCCAGCCAAUCCUCCUCAGCCCCCCUCCAGCCUAGCGCUGGGGUCACUGGGGUCACCUGUUCCAAUCCAGGGCCCUGGGACACCUAUUUCCACCCCUGCACAGACUGUCAUCCCUGCCUCAUCCUUUGGCCAGACCACUCCAUCUAAAACCCCCUUAUCCAGGGUACCGGCCAGUUCUCCUCCUUCAGAACUCCUGCCAUCCUUCCCUGGACCUUGUCUAAUACAGUCGCAGCAGCCUCUAGAAGACCUGGAUGCGCAGCUGAGGAGGGCACUGAGCCCAGAGACUGUUCCUGUCAGCACACACACACAGGCCUCUCAUAGUGGCAUACCUGCAGUGGGACAACAAAUACCCUUCUCUCUGGAUGAUGAAACUGCGUCCGCUCCUGCUCCUCCUUCUGCAGGUGGAAUUAAACUCGGAAGAUUCCAGGUCUCAUUGGCUGCUGAAGAACCUCCAGUCCAACACCCGGCCUGCACUGAAUCCUCCUCCACCACCUCCUCAUCUUCGUCAUCUUCCUCCUCGUCCUCCAGUCUCUCCAGCCCGGAGAACACACUGCACAAGGACUCCUCGUCUCCUCUGAGAGGGGGAGGAGGACAAGGAGGGGACAUUGUGGACGGGCUCCCCCAAAGGACUCUCGGAGGAUCCCACCACCCCUCCCCCCUCACCUCCCCCUGUCCCUCUCCUAAGCCCACCACUACCAUCGGGCGCUUCCAGGUCACCACCAACCCUGAGGCCCGUGUUGGUCGAUUCUCAGUCAGUCGUGCCCAGGAGCAGAGCCUUGAGUCCAGACAGACCCCUCUAUCCGCCACCCAGGCUGCUAAUGGACCCAGCGAUCCCGGGCAGGUUUUGACUCCAGAUUCCACUCAUAAAGCCUCCCUGCCGAGUCUAAACAACAACUCUUUCAACAACUCCUACAUCAGCAGUGACAACGAUUCUGAAUUUGAGGAUGAAGACUUCAAACGUGAAGUCAACCGCCUCAGAGAAAAGCACAUGCGUGAAAUUCAGGCCCUCCACUCCCGUCAAAAGGAGGAAAUAGACAGUCUCUUUACCAGGCUGGGAAAGGUUCCUCCGGCUGCAGUGCUCCCUCCAGUUAUAGCUUUGACUGGCAGGAGGAGACGACCUACCAAAAGCAAAUCCUCCAAAUCGUCCAGAACCAGCUCCACGCACGGCAGCAAGAGUCCAUUACAGCAAGGCAGCACUUUAUCCGCCCAGAGCGUCCCGACCAUGUACCCCGGCCAGCUGGCUCUGCUAGCCCCAGGAGGAUUAGCCGAUUCAGGCAGCAGCACUCUGCUCCAGCCCCUCAAACCCUCUCCCUCCAGCGACAACCUGUGUUCGGCCUACACCAGCGAGGCAGCACUCUCUGUCCCCAGCCUGUGUGCUCCCACCCCAGGCUGUGUAAAGUUCAGCUGGGGUUCGGAGCGUUUGGCCUUCAAGCCUGGCGGCAGGAGGACGCGCUUUCUGAGUACGCCCUGCUUGGCUCUUUGGAAGAUGGUGAAAAAAGUCUGCCCCUGCAACCAGCUCUGUAGGACUAACAGCACCAACGCAGUGAGCGGUUCAGGUGGUUUGGGUCAGAGCCAGGGCGGUUCUCAGUGUCUGGCCCCCAACAUGUCAGCCCCACACCAGAGGAAAGGAACCUUCACCGACGAUCUCCAUAAACUAGUGGACAACUGGGCCAGAGACGCCAUGAACCUCUCACAGGGUAAGAGGAGUGCCAAACAGCUGCAGCAAGCCCCAGCACAGGGACACAGCUAUGAGGUCAUCCAGUCAGCCAGUCUGGGCAGGAAGUACUCGGCUCCCAGCCAGCUGUGUCCCAGCAGCAUUGGAGGCUCUGCCCACCUCCCCACAAACCCCACCACUGCUACCUCUAUGGCUGCCCGCAAGGGCUCGCUGUGCCACCCCCCUGCCUCCUCUACUCCACCCCAACCCCAACCUCCACAGUUCAUCCACUACACCCCCACUGCCGCCUACAGCGCACAGUGGUCUGGUCCAGCUCAUGGUUUGUCAACCUCACACCAAGCUCCAGCACAGCCUGGGCCUCUGCUGGUCAGCACCUCCCAGCCCCUGGGCCCAUACUCCACCCCACAAGGCCAAAUUCCCGGGCAGGGGCCACUCCAAGCUUUCCAUCUGACCAAUGCUCUGCAGAAGUCAGUCAGCAACCCAGGAGGGCCCAAUCUGCGGACCACGUAGGGCUGGGGGUGAGGGCUGCUUUGAAUCACGGCCCGACUGGACUGAACUGGUGUGGAGCGGAGUGUUUUGGGCUGGAUCAGCUGGAGAGGACAGAAGAACUGGAGGGGUGUGGAGUUUAAAAUGUCAGAAGCUGACCUGUCCAUGAGAGAAAAGGAAAAGCAGAAGAGAGAAGAAAUCGGGAAAGAGAAUUUACGAGUGCCAGUUGGCUAUCUCCACUUGCCUCUGCUUCCAUCCAAGUGUGCGAGAAGCUGUCACAGACACAAAUGCAGCCACACAAUCUUCCUGUCUGCUGUAUUUAACUGUGGGCUUGUGACAGUCAGCCAAAUGCUCAAGGACAAAGAAAAAGACUGAUGAGUGCAAUGUUAAAAGGCCAAAGAGGUUCUGACAGGGUGUGGGACUGGUGUUAAUAACUGUUUGUGUGUGCAGUAUUGUGUAUGCGCUGUUAUGGCUUGGUCAAACACUUGUUCCAUUUCAUGCUCUAAAUAGAGUGAACAAGUUCGUACAUGAUAGAGCGCACAUUUGUCCUUGCUUGAUGAUGGUGGGAAGAUAUAACAUAAGGUUAAAGGGGAGGAAUGUGGUGGCCAGUUUUUACAGUAUCCAACUUUAGCCCUUCUGUCCACACAGUACCUCAUGAUAACUUCUUAUUACUCCAUAUUCUUGUGUGAAGAACUGGUUGUUGCCUGUGCUGUUUGUGUGUGUUCAGUCCUUCAAGCACAGCAGCCUUCCAGCUCUCAAAGAAGACAAACAUGCAACAAUGUAGUUUUUUCCACUAAAUUUAAUAAGGAAACUGGUGGACACUGGGAACGAGGGGUGGGCAUGGCUGGCCAUCACAUUACAGGUGUCUUGCUUAGCGUUGUCAACAUCACGGUGCAUGAGAGGCUGAAAUCAAACAGUAGCAGUGUUUUUGGCAGACGUUUGCAUCCUUCACUGCAAUGAUUACAAGGGAGGAUGUAAAUGUCAGCAGAUAAAAGCUUUGAUAUCAAGGGUAGUAAAAAAUGAUGUUUAGAACUGUAAACUAUGAUUAUUAUCCUAAGUUUAAUCAGUUCAGGAAAUUAUUUUUCUUCAGUAUUCAAAAGUUUUUCGUAACCAUUAAAAGCACAAAGGAUAUCAAGAACAAAUCGAACUAAUGCAUACUGAGAAUAGGUGUAGCUCAGCGCUCGGUGGAGCUGUGACUCGUCAGCUUGAGAAAAGUCAUGAUUGCUACUCCUCUGUCACUUUCUGUGUCUUGUUCCUCUCCAGUUUAGACAAACCGUUCAAGUAGAGAGAGAGAGAUGGAGGGAAGAAAGCAGGUGAAGGUGGAGAGCAGCAAGAGAGUGUUUGUAUGACAUAACAGCCAAACGUCACCUCUGUUUUCUGUCCAGCACUGAAUGGACUCAACAGAUUCUUCUGCACGCCAAACACCUCUUCACCAUCACGAGCACCUCUUCCUCCAUCCCUCUCUCCGCCUCUCUGUUGCCAUUUGAAGCAAUAACAGCAGAAACCUUUUAGAGGAGAAAAAAAAAGCCCAAACAUGAGAGAACUCAGUGUGAAAAAGUGGCCUUGUUAUCAGAAUAAUAUCAGAGUCCCUGUACAGUUUCUGUUUGUUUUUUAGAAAGUCAGCUAUGAUGAUUCCAUUUUGUUGUUUUAUUUUUUGUUUCGUUGAGUUUGGUUUGCUUGCCGCCGCCAGCUAGCAAUCGGACAAACAAACAUUCACACAAACACACACACACAUACACAGUGCAUGAGACAUUCAUAAAGAUACACACACAGUCAUGCACAGACUCAUGUAAAUACAUACACACACACACAUUGUUGGAGGCGCAGCAGCUGUUUAACGGACAUAGACUCAUAGACUAAUGUCUCAGUUCUUAGUGUCAUCAUUAAGCUGGUUUCAACAUUUGGGUUGAAAUGAUUGCAAUGUACAUUAUUAUCAUCAUUAUUGUUGUUAAUGAUUAUUAUUCUAUUUAAAAAGAAACAGAAACAAAAUGUGUUCUGUCGAUGGACCUGUUAUACACACACAUCGGUGCUCGAUGUGGAAACACUGUGAUUAUUGUUGUUUAUUAUUAGCAAAUGUUGUUGGACGACAUUAGUUUUAGGGUGAAAUGUCGCAAAUAAAAAUAAAACAAAAAAAAAAAACGAGCAUA